AGACAGAAAAAAACUUAAGUGAAUUUCAUAUUGAAAUGGAGUGGAAAAGCUAAAUAAAACGAUUUCAUCAGAACGAUUUAAACGGAAAUUUGCAACAUCACACAUUUGACGUCAUAAUAUGGUCAAAUAUAUAAUUCAACAGUAUGCAAUGUAACUAAAAGAAUGAAAUUUAUUCUUCGAAACUUAGAAGUUACUUAUUAUAAUGUCGAUUGAUUUUACUCUAAAGAUUAAUAAUUUCUUUAGAUUGGUAUGCGUGAGUUGAAAGAAUCAGAAAAAGUGCAAAAAUAUUUCAACAGGAAACCGCAACCAACUGGUAUGAGACGAGAAAGAAAUCAUUAAUCUUCUUUAAUCUUUGUAUGAGUGAAAACCUU